AUGACGGUACUCAAAAGAGAAUGGCUGGUUUAUUCACCAGCAAAAAAUGCAGUGUUUUGCUACAUAUGUAAACUAUUCAGUGCUAGUGACCAAUCGCUUUGCAAAGGAGGCUUUUCUUAUUGGAAAAAUACUUCAGAGAGGUUAAAAGAGCAUGAGAACUCAAUGGUUCAUAGGAAUUCUGUGCUUGCUUUAUCUCAAAGGUUAACCUCUUCUAUGAGAAUUGAUAGCAAGCUAGUGGAAGAAUAUGCAAAUGAACGGUUGUAUUGGCGAAAAGUGCUAGCUCGAGUUGUUGCAACAACUCAGUUUCUUUGCCAACGUGAGUUAGCAUUUUUUGGAAGUGACGAGACAAUUGGUUCAUUUCACAAUGGUAAUUUUCUUGGCAUUCUUGAAUUAUUGGGCAAGUUUGACCCUUUUUUAGCUGAACAUUUAGCUAAAUAUGGAAAUCCGGGGACUGGCAAUGUAAAUUACUUGUCUUCUACAGUUGUUACUGAAUUAAUCAGCAUUAUGAGUCAGAAGGUACUCGAUAGAAUUGUAGCAGAAGUACAAACUUCUAAAUAUUUUGGAUUAAUUGUAGACUCAACGCCAGACAUCACACACAACGAUCAGCUUUCAAUUGUGCUACGUUACGUGGAUAAAAGUGGUAGACCAUUGGAAAGCAUAACAAGAUGGUCUGCUGCUGCAGAAGAUACAAAGUCAUUGCAGGAUGGAUAUAAGGAUAUUAUGCAAGCUUUGUGUGAAAUUUCAAGUAGUUCGAGUGAGACCAGUUCAACAAGGUGUGAUGCAAAAUCAUUGUAUAAAAAAAUGGAUAAACGACAAACAGCAGUUUUGGCUGUCUCGUGGGACACUAUUUUGCAGCGUCUAAAUAAAGUUAAUAUCCAGCUGCAAGCAACAGAUGGAAAU